AUGGCGCAAAGCCAACCAUCUUCUGCUCCCCCCCCCGUCCCUGUCUCCGACCCGCCCCUUGCGCCCACCGCCCCUGCCACCACCCCGACCGCUACCGCUACCGCUACCGCUACUGCCACCCCUGCGGCAUUCGCCGCCGCAGCCCCUGCUGCAGCCCCUGCGGCAUUCGCCGCCGCAGCCCCUGUUGCAGCCCCUGCGGCAUUCGCCGCCGCAGCCCCUGUUGCAGCCCCUGUGGCAUCCGCCGCCGCAGCCCCUGCCGCAGCCCCUGCCGCAACCCCUGCCACAGCUCCCGCCGCAGCUCCCGCCGCUCCACCCGUCGCUUCACCCGCCACGGCCACUGCCGAAAUACCGUCUGGGAGUGACGCACCCGCGCCCCUUCCUCCCCCCCCAUCCCGAGCGAGCGUUCCUGCCGACGACGACGCCCGUUCUGCUCUUCCCCCCGCUCCUGCAACUACAACUGACUCCGCCCUUGCGGCGCCUCCCACAGCGCCUCCCGCAGCGUCCAUGACCCCGACUGACUCGCCCCCUACCCACGCGCCCGUCUCCGCUCCGGAGCAGUCGUCGCUCACGACAUCAGCAUCGGCGACGCCAGCCCCCCAUCUCGCAAACCCCGCCCCCCAAUCAAAUCCCGCCGAGCCUCACCUGUCUCCGGUAGCUUCAUCCCCACCUUUGCCAACUCCCGAGGCCAAGCCCCAAACCCCCGACACGCCGGUCUCAGACAGAAACCAAUCCUCCGCCGUUCCAAAUACUUCCACGACCGUCACUGCAACCUCCGCCCCGGCCUCUAGCCAUCCCGCCCCGCCCGCACCCUCCUCGCAAUCGGUCCAACCCGCCCCGUCGCAGAACUCCAGUCCCUCCGCAGCCACCAAACUUGAAUCGGACACGACGACGACGACUACCAACACCACGGCCGAAAAUUCAUCCGCAAAUAGGAAGCGCAGUUUAGAUUCUGCUUCCUCGCUUGACGGUUCCCCCACCAAGAUUUCCAAGCUUGAGCGCGACUGCGAGCCUGUCUUGCCCACCACUUCCGCUUCGCCCCAUACCGCAGAUCCUCGCACGUCUUCCCCGUCUCCGCAUUCGGCCGCUCCUCCUUCCUCGGUUCGACCCGCCCCUGCACACGCAACAACACCGCCUGGUCCGCGCAAUAGGCGCCGCCACACAUCCCCGACGAAGCAGCCCACGGCCGACGUCCCGGCUCAGUACGAACGCCCUUUUCCGCGAGGCCUCCCGAAGACCGUCAAGCACCGCCCUGAAAAUGCGCGUGUCUUUAUCGGCAAUCUUGCUUCUGAGUACACUGACGUGGCCCAGAUCAUUAAGAUCUUCCACAAGUACGGAGACUUGAUCGAGGAACCUGUCUUGCGUCGCUCGUUUGGCUUUGUACAGUAUUCUUCAGCAGAGGCUGCUAGUAGGGCUGUGGCUGGAGAGCAAGGUCGGAUUAUUGGUGGGAUUGGUAUAGAUCUCUCUAUUGCUGAUAAUCGCGAAGUUAAGCGUGGUACCCAUGUCGCUAAUAACACCCCGUUUGGCCAGCCCGCUCCGGCAGGAAAGGCCCAUGCUCGCGGUAGAGUACGAGAGAGGGACUUUGGGUCUGAGGAUAGGAAUGACAAGUCCCGCAAGAGGCGCCGCUCCCUCUCCCCUGCCUCGGCUGCGAAGAAGGGUGGCGUCCAUCCACCUCAGUACCGACGCAUGAGGCCAGACCCGCGCAACGGUGUUUACCUUCGCAUUCUGUGCAUGAGCCCAACGGCGAGGUCCUACGCCAGACAAUGUGAGAAUACUUUCCGUUCCAUGACUGGACUCCCCGCUGAUGUUUUGCAUAUAGUCGCCGCUGGAUUGGGUGAGGCUUUGGGCCGCGCGAUGAGGGACGUCAUUCCCUAUGUUAUGGUAGUCGCUUCAAAGGAUGUCGACGAUGGCACUUGUACGAUUCGCACCCUCGAGAAGACUGGCUAUGAGAAGUCUGGGCGAGGAAAUGGUGUCAUUCCUCUUCGCGAGGCGGUGGAAGUCUGCCUGAUUGAGCGCGGAGUCAUUGCGCCACAAAAUAUCGCCCAGCAAAUGAACGGGGCCCCUCGCGGUGGCAUGGGACGUACGGGCCAUGGAGGUCGGCAAGGACCGCAUGGAAUGGGUAGUCAUGGCCGUCAGUGGAACAGUCACAGUGGUGCGCAUCCUGGAAAUGCCCCAGUCGAAACAGCUAAACCUGGCUGGAUGACUGGACAACCCCGUGCUCCACACCCGUCAAACCCGCGUGCAGCUGCAGGGAGCGUGGCUCCUGGAAUUCAUCAUCAGCCGCCACAUGGUGGUGUUGGCAAUGUUGUCAUGCCUGGAGGAGCGUAUGGAUACAAUGGUGUGGAAGGAAAUCGAGGCCACUACGGGAGUCAUGGUCCUGGACCUCAAGCCGCGCCAGUGCCUCCUCAUCGCCCGUCUCAAGGCUACGGUCUUGUACCAGCACAAUCUCAGGGCGGUUAUGAACCUGGACCACCUGUAAAUCAAGGUGGUAACAUGGUUGCUCCUGGGCAUCAGAAUGGUGGCGAUUACAUGCGUCGCAGUGGUGCGCCAGUCAACCCCGCACUAGGAAUGCACCCCCCUGGCGGCUACAUGGAUAGAUACAGGGGGCAGGUGAACAACCAGAACGCUAACAGUUACAAUGGUCGCGGUGACAAUCGAGAGUCUGAAUAUGAUCCUGCGGCGGUGAUGCCCGCACAGCGUGGACCAAACCCAAAUUAUGAGAAUGGAUGGAACCGGGAAGUUGCGCCCGUGAAUCGCGAAACAUAUGGAGGCGACAGGCCUCCGGCACAUCAACCUGCUGUGGCUCGAGACCGGAACGGUGGUUUCCAGACAAUCGGUGGUGGGACUCAGGUAUACCCAGGUGGGUCUGGAGGUGCCGCGGCGAACAAUUAUGGAUAUGACAGAUCACAGAAUCAGGGCGCUCUCGGGGGUCCGUACGCAGCGAUGAACAAUACCAGCGGUUACGACGCGCGUCAGAAUGCAUAUCCAGGCGCUCAGGCGGCCGUUGGAUACGGCCAAUACGCCGGACCGCAGGGUGAGAAUGGGAUGCCUCCUCAGAGUGCAGAGGGUGUGAACAGGUAUGGCGGUGGUAUGUAUGCUGAAGGGCAGCAACAAGCGUAUACAGUCCCAGGUAUGUACAACAGCGGUACGCCCGGUCCCGGUGGCCGUGGCGGUGGCUGGAGCGGUACAAAUAGUAGCCAUGCCCACGCGAUGAACAUGCACAGUCCCCCCAUGGGCGGGGGUAGCAACAUGAACCAGAGCGGAAUGCCUCAUGGCGGAAUGGGGGGCCAAAUAGCGAUGCAAAGCAACGCCGGAAACCAGAUGACCGGUUCAGCAGGCGGACACGCGGGCAUGAACGGGUACGGGGUCUCCCAGUCGCGCGCUAACAUGAACGGCGGAUACAUCGGGCGAGAUGCAGGCGGCAUGGGUAGCAGCCCACCGCAGGCGAAUGCGAACAGCGGCGUUGGGGCCUCUGCAGCAGCUUCCGUGUUGGGACAGAGCGCAAAGACGGUGGACAUUAACAAACUGACGAGCUUGAUUUCAGUGUUUCAGCAGAAGCAAGCUGCGAUGCAGACGGGACCGCAAAAUCAUAUGCACGGACAGGGAAGGCAUGACGCAGAAAGACAGCCCAUGCAGGGAUACGCGACGCAGCAGUUUCAAGGGCAGCCGAACCACCAGCGUAGUGGCGGCCAGCAAGGAUAUUAUCGUUAA